AUGGCAGAGAGAGGGGCUGAUAAGGCCAGGUGUGGAGGUGAUGUUUUGGAGAUAGCAUAUUUUGAAGGUUCUGUCUUUUCUUCAAACUUGGAUUUGCUUCUGUAUUUAACCAGAGUUCUGUCUCUUCUACUCUGCAGCUCGUUGAAACUCAACCUCGUCUUGGUUCUGUCGCUGUCCAUGGUACACGUAUCGUGGUGCUAUCCUGUCCUCUCUUCCAAGAUGCCUGUGAAACCUGAUUACUUUCUCAUCCUCCUGAGCAGCUGCCCAACCAGGCUGGAGGAGAGCGACGGGCUAGCUUUCCUAAAGUCAAUUUUGGAGAAGACAUCGAUGAAAAGGUCCUUUCGCAACGGAGUCGGCUCAGGGGUGAAAAAAACUUCAUUUCGAAGAGCAAAGCAAUGA